GUCCCAGAUGAAGAUGACAUCGAGGAAGAGGACAUUCCGGAGGGUGGAGAUUUCAGCGAAGACAACCUCGAGGGCUCCAGCUCAAUGUACGACCCGGAGGUUCGCCGAAGAGAGAUGGAGAAGGAGGAGCAACAGCGAGAAGAGGAGGAGCGUCUGCGCAGAGAACAGGAGGAAGCCGAACAGGCACGCAGGCAAAAGGAGAUAGACGAAGCAAACCGCCGGCUGGCCGCAGAAAGAAAGCGCAAGCUGGAGGAGGAGAGGAAGCGCGAAGAGGAGGAGGCCUUCAGAAGGAAGCAGCAGGAGGAGCUUCAGCGUGAGCGGACGAGGAGAGCAGAGGAGCAACGUAAAGAGCUCGCGGAGGAGGCGGAGAGGAAGAGGGAGGAAGAGCGUCGGAAGGCAGAGGAGCAAGAGACCGGAAGGAGGGAGGAAGAGCGAAGGAAAGCCGAAGAGGAGACCAGGAGGAGAGAGGAGGAGCAGCGCAAGAAACACGAGGAGGAGAGCAGGAGGAGGGAGGAGGAACGCAGGCAAGCCGAAGAGGAGACCCGACGGAGGGAGGAGGAACGGAAGAAGGCCGAAGAGGAGACCAAACAGAGAGAAGAAGAGGAGCGAAGGAAGGCCGAGGAGGAGACAAAGAAAAGAGAAGAGAAGGAGGAGGCAGAGCGCCGGAAGGCUGAAGAAGAGCUCCUGCAGAAGAGGGAGGAGGCCAUGCGAGUCGUACAUUCCCAGGUUCAGCAGGCCGUGACAUCCGAGGAACCGGAGGAGCUCCGAAACCAGGAGGCAAGGCAGAUGGAAGCCCAAGUCCAAGAGCUGCAGCCUGACAGGCCGAAGCAGCCCGAUAUGGAAGGACUAGAGCCCGAAGUGCCCAGAAGCACCCAGGAGAGCCCAGCAAAGGACUCUGACUUUGCCAGCUCUUUGACAGCCGCAGGCCGUAGACCGCGGCGCUUCUCCGGGGCCUGGAUUCAGACGGAGCUGGACGCCGCAGCUGGGCACCCGGAAGACAAGGGAGAGAAGGCAGCGCAGGCAUCUCCGUCGCCAGAGGAGAGCCGAUGCCAUCAGACGGGGCCUUCGGGGCAGACGGAGCUUCGUUCGCGAGGUCCGUGCGCUGCCAACGUUUGGUCUUCGCCGAAGUCGCAAUGGGACGAGCAGAGGACUUCGUCCACGACUGCAGGGGACCGGAGCUAUCGAACCGGCUGGUCGUCCAGAUGGGAGCAUGCCGACACGGCCAGCGAAUGGCAGGAUCGGGGCGAUUGGCGUGGGGCUUGGUGGCACCGCGACUGGCAUCUUCAGCGCGAUGAGGAGGAG